UGGCGAUGCUGGAGGUUCUGGAGUCGAAGCGGCUGCAGCUGGCGCCGCGUCUGCCCCGCGUGCCCGGAGCGGAUUCUGCCGGCCGCCCCCGGAGUCCUGCUGAGCCGGUUGUCGCUUCCUCCCUGUGACCGACCAGCGUUGCAGAGCCUAGCAAUGCCGUUUGGGUGUGUGACUCUGGGUGACAAGAAGAACUAUAACCAGCCAUCGGAGGUGACUGACAGAUAUGAUUUGGGACAGGUCAUCAAGACGGAGGAGUUCUGUGAAAUCUUCCGGGCCAAGGACAAGACAACAGGCAAGCUGCAUACCUGCAAGAAGUUCCAGAAGCGGGAUGGCCGCAAGGUGCGGAAGGCGGCUAAGAAUGAGAUUGGCAUCCUCAAGAUGGUGAAGCACCCUAACAUCCUGCAGCUGGUAGAUGUGUUUGUGACCCGCAAGGAAUACUUCAUCUUCCUGGAGCUGGCCACGGGGAGGGAGGUGUUUGACUGGAUCCUGGACCAGGGCUACUACUCGGAGCGAGACACGAGCAACGUGGUGCGGCAGGUCUUGGAGGCUGUGGCCUACUUGCACUCACUCAAGAUUGUGCACAGGAACCUCAAGCUGGAAAACCUAGUGUACUACAACAGGCUGAAGAACUCAAAGAUUGUCAUCAGUGACUUCCACCUGGCUAAGCUAGAGAAUGGCCUCAUCAAGGAGCCCUGUGGGACCCCGGAGUAUCUGGCACCGGAAGUGGUGGGACGACAACGGUAUGGACGCCCUGUGGACUGCUGGGCCAUUGGUGUCAUCAUGUACAUCCUCCUUUCAGGCAACCCACCCUUCUAUGAGGAGGUAGAAGAAGAUGACUACGAGAACCAUGAUAAGAAUCUCUUCCGCAAGAUCCUGGCUGGUGACUAUGAGUUUGACUCUCCAUACUGGGAUGAUAUUUCCCAGGCAGCCAAAGACCUGGUCACAAGGCUCAUGGAGGUGGAACAAGACCAGCGGAUCACUGCGGAAGAGGCCAUCUCCCACGAAUGGAUUUCUGGUAAUGCCGCAUCUGAUAAGAACAUCAAGGAUGGUGUCUGUGCCCAGAUUGAAAAGAACUUCGCCAGAGCCAAGUGGAAGAAGGCUGUCCGAGUGACCACUCUCAUGAAACGGCUCCGGGCCCCAGAGCAGGCUGGCGCAGCCGCAGCCCAGUCCGCUUCAGACACUGCUGCUCCCGGGGCUGCUGGUGGGGCCUUUGCUGCAGCUGCAAGUGGAGCCGCCUCAGCGUCUGGAGGCGGUACUGCUGCAGCCACAGAGGGCAGUGCGGGGUGUGCUGCCAAGAGUGAGAACACGGCCUCUACAGAUCGCAGUGCUACCCCAGCCACAGAUGGGAGCGUCACCCCAGCCACAGAUGGGAGCGUCACCCCAGCCACAGAUGGGAGCGUCACUCCAGCCACAGAUGGGAGCGUCACUCCAGCCACUGACAGGAGUGCUACCCCAGCCACUGAUGGGAGAGCCACACCAGCUACAGAAGAGAGCACAGUGCCCGCCACCCAAAGCAGUGCCGGGCCAGCUGCAAAGGCAGCUGCCACCCCUGAGCCGGCUGUGGCCCAGCCGGACAGCACAGCCCUAGAGGGGGCCACAGGCCAGGCUCCUCCCUCUAGUAAAGGAGAAGAGGCUACUGGCUGUGCCCAGGAGUCUCAGAGGGUGAAGAUGAGCUGAAUGGGCAGCCCACUGGGGGUUUUGAGGGAUGGGAAGGAGGGUGGGAGUGUGGAUGAGGGGCUUCUCAUUGUAUAUAGAGUCACUGGCAUGAUGCCCUAGCUCCCCCCAAGCUCCCUCAUCCCAGUGGGGCAUGCCUGGGGGCCAUGGGAGAGCAGUCUCGUCUCCUGUGUGGAUGUGUGUGAGUGGUGGGCAGGCCAGAGGCAGGGCCAGCCCCAGCCCCUGCAUGGAUUCCCCGUGGCUUUUCUGUCUUUCGCUAGCUUCACCAGUUUCUGUUCCCUGUGGGAUGCUGCUCUAGGGAUACUCAGGGGGUCCUUGCUCUCCUUCUUCCCUUCCUGCCUCAUCAUUUCCCCAGGCAGGCCCUGCAAGUCUCAUACUUCCCCUGGCCCUAAAUUGGGUGGCCUUGCCCUGAGAGCUGGUCCUCCAGCGAGGCCCUGUCGGUAGUGUCAGGC